AUGAUCAACAGCAUGGAGAAGAAACUCCGUGAGGAAGCUGGCAAGAAGGUGCGGCAAACUUUGCAGAACUUUCAAGCUUAUUGCGACUCGGAGAUGAAGAAGGCCGCGUCCAAGCAAGAGGGCAAGCAGUCUGAACUCGAAGAUCUGCAGACAAAGAUCGAUGCAGCUACUUCGAAGUCGGCUGCGCUCAAGGAAGAGGUCGUUGACCUCCAGAAGGCGCUAGCAACCAUCGGGGAGUUCCAGGUGAAUGCAACCAACAUGAGGCAGAAGGAGAAGGCACAGUUCGCAAAGACCAUGCCGGAGGUGCAGGAGGGUCUCGACGGCGUGAAGAUGGCCCUGAAAGUCCUCCGAGAGUACUACAAGGGAACGGAGGCUGCAACCGAGCGUGGAGGAACCGCCACAGGAGUCAUCGGCAUGUUGGAGGUUGUGGAGUCCGACUUCGCCAAGAACUUGGCAGAGAUGCGCGUGGCCGAAGCAACUGCUCAGGAAGACUUCAAGAAGGAGAUGCAGGACCUCGAACUGGAGAAGGCCCGCAAGGAGCAGGAUGUGAAGUACAAGGUGCAGGAAGCGCAGCGCCUGGAUGUGGAGCUUCAGGAGUUUCGGUCCGAUUCGGACAGCGUGCAGACUGAGCUGUCUGCCAUUCAAGAGUUCAACAGUGGGCUGCAGGCCGAAUGCACAGUCACUCCUGCCUCCUACGAGGAACGACGGGCAAAGCGCCAGGCCGAGAUCGAGGGCCUCAAGUCUGCCCUGGAGACCCUGGAUGCAGAGAGCGGCACAGGGCUUGUGCCGGGCUCUUAG